AAUCGGUCUGUCGAAAACUUAAAAAAUAAAGCAUGAAUUUUGUCAAUUUCUUUGUAAUCAGUAUUUUUGUUCACUUUAUUUUAUUUGUAUCUGUCUUCGACAUUUACUUUACGUCUCCAAUUAUUCAUGGAAUGAAAGAAAUUAAGCCCCCCGUCAAAGUUCCAGCUCAAAGAUUAGUUUUGUUCGUUGCAGAUGGUCUCAGAGCUGACAAAUUCUACGAGUUAGAUGAACAUGGUAAAUCCAGAAGUCCAUUCUUACGUAACAUCAUAGAGAACAGUGGAUCAUGGGGGAUUUCUCACACCAGAGUUCCAACAGAAACUCGACCUGGUCAUGUUGCACUUAUAGCUGGCUUCUAUGAGGAUGUCAGUGCUGUAUUAAAAGGUUGGGAGGAAAACCCGAUUGAAUUUGACAGCGUUUUCAACAAAAGUAGAAACACCUGGGCAUGGGGUAGUCCGGAUGUUCUGCCAUUGUUUGCUAAAGGUGAAAACAUUCACCACGUGCACAUUCACUGUUACCAUGGUGACACACAAUCAUUUGCUGGGGAUGACUCAUCACUUUUGGAUGAAUGGGUUUUCGACAAAAUGAAGGACUUUUUUCACUCUGCUGAAGAUAACGCAACACUGAAUCAUUUACUAAAACAAGACAACACUGUGUUUUUCCUUCAUUUGCUGGGGAUUGAUACAAAUGGUCACAGCCAUCACCCAAUGUCAAAAGAAUACUUGGAAAACAUUAAAAAAGUUGACACUGGAGUUGAACGCAUUGUUGGGAUGUUUAACAAGUUUUAUCAGGAUGAAAAAACUGCGUAUGUGUUUACUGCUGAUCACGGGAUGACAGACUGGGGUUCCCAUGGUGCCGGUCUCGCCUCUGAAACUUUAACUCCUCUUGUUGUUUGGGGAGCUGGAGCAAAUAAACAUAAAGACAUCCAAACCCCAUUAACAGAUGAAGAAGCCCAACUUACAAGAUCAUGGGGUCUUGAUCCUUCUGAGCGAAGAGAUGUGAACCAAGCUGACAUUGCCCCUCUUAUGUCAACAUUAGUGGGUGUUCCCAUCCCUGUUAACUCAGUAGGGGAGCUGCCAAUUGAACAUAUCUCAUUAGAUUCGAAAACCAAAGCACAUCUCCUCCAUGCCAAUGCAAGGCAACUUUCGGAGCAAUUUGUAGUUAAAAUGGAGUCAAUACGAAACAAAACUUUUACCUUUUCUCCGUUUCCAAAGCUGUCACACAGCGGGGUAAUUGACUUAGAUAGAAAAAUAACUGAACUGAUAAAACAGGGCGACUACAUUGGUGCGAACAAUUUAAGUCAUGAACUGAUGUCUCUUUCUCUUGAAGGAAUGAACUACUUUCACAUUUACCACAGAUCUGUCCUUUACUUUUCUAUUGUUUUAAGCUUCAUUGGUUGGAUAGUAGAAUCUAUUCUUAUGCUUCUACAUCAUGUUGACUUCAUUUCAAGCCAGUCUAAAAAGAUGACUCCACUUGGAAAAACACAGAUGUUUUCAUGGCUUUCUUACGUGUUUUGUUUAAGUGCAUUAUUUGUUGUGGUACGAAUAUAUGUUCUUGAUUUACCAAAGUUAUAUUAUCUCUACUGCACUCUACCUAUUGCUAUCUGGUACCACAUCUCAACUCAGAAACACACAAUUCAAGCAGGAGUAAUGUACAUCUCUUCCAACAGACCGUUCUUCCAAAAACUUCUUUUACACAUUUGUGCUUUCAUGCUUGGAGUAUGGGCUUUGGUUCUUAGCUUCUUCUACAGAUACAUACUAACCGUAGAGCUUCUACUUUUUGCAGUGACCAUCCACUUUACAAGCCUACCACGUAAAUCAAAACACCAGUGGACGGUGGUUUGUACAUUAGCAGCUGCGUUUCCACUUCUACCAACAGUAGGAAGAGCUCCGAACAGUUUCCUGGUUUUUGGAGGUGGAUUGUCUGGAAGUAUUCUAUGUUUUCUACUCAAUUCAAAAGAGACAUCUCUGCUUACUAAGUUUCUUACCACCCUACCUUUUAUUGCUGGUUGCAUUCAACCUACAGCAAUGUACAUCUCUUCAAACCAAGGCAGCAUGCCUAUUGCACUGCAUAUAUUAAGUUGGUCACUUCUCCUACUUAGCUGGGUUCUUCCACUCUUACAAACCACCAACGUUACUCUCCGCUUAGUGACAAUUUUCUGUUGUCACCUUACUGUGUAUAUUCUGAUCAGUCUUUCAUACGAUGCAGUUUUUUGUGUUGUAUUUUGCCUUCUUCUUUACAGCUGGGUUCAAGUGGAAUUUCACCUAGAUAGCAACCCAAAACUCCUAGAGGAAUAUUCAUUCACCAAAACCUCUACAAACCAAAGUUUUUUAAAAGCUCUUUUGUUUUCUACGUUGAGGGUUGGAUACAUGUUCAUAUUUUUUAUCGUCCUGGCAUUCUUUGGUGUUGGGAACAUUGCCAGUAUUAAUAGCUUUGAUGUGAAAGUUGUUUUACCUUUUUUAACCGUCUACAAUCACCUGGUCAUGGGAUUACUUCUUGCAUAUAAGGUUCUCCUACCUUACCUGUUAGUGGCUUGCACACUGUGCUGUAUUGCAACUGUGACUCGUACAAAUAUGCAACAACUAUGCUAUGCAGUACUUAUUGUCAGUGAUGUCGUUGGAAUGCACUUUUUCUUUUUGGUCCAAGACAGUGGUUCGUGGUUGGACAUCGGGACAAGUAUCAGUCAUUAUGUUAUUUGCAUGUCAAUGGUACUUUCGGUGUUGCUUUUCUUAGCUGUUGCGAAAUUUGUAACAUCUUGUUCAUUACUAAGAUAACUUUGUGUUUUAUCUUCGUUGUAUAAAGUACUAGUGUGAUUAAAUAGUUUACACUGUGUAUUGAGCAAUAUACUUAGUUUGAUUUGUUUUUUAUUUAACCCAGCAAUAUACUUAGUUUAAUUUGUUUUUUCUUCAUCAAUCAGUUAAAAAUACCGGUUUAAAUAGUUGUGUGAUGGGGUUAUAGCGCUUGUUUUGUAACCUAUGGAUAUUUUAUUUAUUUUUAAAAAUGUUGUUUCCUCGCCAUAUCUUGUCGUUUAUUUUUAACAAUUUUUCCUUCCAGAAUUAAAGAGACAAAUAAAAGGUUAAAUUUAGA